GGUGGGUUUGGAGAGACACUCAGCUUUGGAAGAUUGCUCAGGAGUGAGCCGGACUCCCAGAAGCACUGUAAUUUCUUUAGAUCAUCUGACAGCAGACUCUGAGGUUUACCAGCCUCAGGGAGAUUGGGCCACUGUGAAUUUUUUUUUUUUUUUCUGUAAUAAAACUACCCCCAGCCAGCCAGACUGGAAAUUACUGCCUGAGCUGUUUUCCAACGUGGUUUUGCUGGCAAAACCAGACAUGAGUGUUUCUUCGACUCUCAAGGGUACUGUUUACACUGACUUUAUUUUUACUGCCAGCUUUCAAGUGGGAAGAAGGAGAUUACGUGCAGAGAUGACAGAUGGAUGCUCACAAUUUGGAAAUGAGAACUUGAGUGAAGAAUUGAGAAGGCAAGUCUCUGGUCCAUGCAUGCAUUCCCAGAGACUAACAUUACUGGUAAAGCUACCCACAAUUGUUGUCCCCCAGUGAGAAACAAACCAAGAGAUUGCUGUUCCACUCGGGAUUGACCAAGAAGCCAUGAAAUCCCUGACUGCAGGAAACUUAGAAGAUUGCCUACUGAAUCAGGUGGACUGGAGACGCCAGUGGAUUUCCCAGAUUGUGGAGGAGGUGCAGAAGGUCGUCCACUGUCUGACCACAGAAAUCAGCUACCGAGACCUUCGAUUCCAGGCCGUCCCUUACUCUGACACGUAUAACGGGAACAUCAAGGUUUUGGCCCCCAGCCAGUUCCUCGUCACAGUCCCAGUGAAAGGCCUGGCCGGGUACAGGGAGGCCAAGGAGCAGCACUGGCGAUACUACACCCUGCAGGGCACCAGGCUGCCCUGCCCCUUGCGGGACCCUGAGGGCCUGGAGCAGUGGCUGGCAGUGGAGCAGUUUAUGAAGAGCCUGUGGCAGUGGCACGAGGCAGAUGUGAACAUCGAGGGAGACAUCGUGCCUGCCAAGGUCCUCCAGGUGUUCCGGAAGCUGGUAGAAAACGCAAUUGGAACCUGUCACCUCUCAGGUAAGGUCAGCAUGCUAGCAAACCGCCGUGCAGUUUGCGUUGCCGUGGAAACAUCCGCAUGUCAGGUGGAAGUAGAGCUGGCCCCCGCAGUGGAGAUCCCCACCGUCUGGUCCAAGAAAGCCCAGUGGCCUCCAUGCCUGAAGCGCUGGCCUUCCCCAGAGAGAGUAGAGUGCAUCAAGUCAUUUGGAUUUACCUUGUUGGCCUGUUCAAAUUAUCACUGGCAGCUGAGCUUCUUGCAGGCCGAGCAGGUGUUGCUGGAGCAGCUGGAUGAGGACGGGGGCUGCCGCAGGAAGUGUUUUCAGGUCAUGAGGCAGAUGAAGGAGGAUCAUUGGUGUCCAGGGAAGAGGCCUGUUAUCACAUCCCACCAUCUGCAGACAGUGCUCUUCUGGACUUGUGAGAAAUAUCCGCGCUUGAAGGACUGGCAGAUCUUCAGCAAAGCCUUCCUGCGCCUGGUGAGGAAGCUGCACAAGUGCGUGAGCCAGCACUUUCUGAAACACUACUUCGUGCGCAAGAGCAACCUCCUUCAGUAUGCCAACUGGGGUGAGCUGGAUGCGGUGGCCCAGAAACUGGCCUUCUUCCUGAAGGAUCCCCACAUCAGCCUGCCCUGAGGCUCUUGGACUUUUCAUUCUAACUUGACCUCAUUCUCUGGGAUUAAUCCAGUCAGAUGCCAGGAUCCUGUCCAGGAGAGAAGCAACAGAUGGCAGAGGAAUUGACAUCGGCCCAGUAGCACUCAAGAGGGGGAGAACUGUGCCCUAAGAUGUCUGACCCAGUCCUCCCUGGAGUGAAGCCAGCAUUUCAACCCUCACUAGCUACCUCUCUUGGGGACAGCUUGCAGCAAGCUUCCCCAAGCCAGAUUCUGAACUGAUGACAGUUCCGAAGUUAUUUUCCCUUGCUCAGGCUCCAAAGGUCUGACAGGGAAGAUGGAGACAAGAACCUCUGGAGGGCCAGGCAUCCGCCAGCUGCCCAGCAGUGGUUCUCCAGCCCACAGAC